GAGUUGGAGGGAGCCCUAAGCCGGUCCUCGCUGCCUUCUCCGUUUCGGGGACUCACUCCGUCCAUCGAUUUCUAGGUUUGGCGAAUCGAUUUGUUUUGUUGCAGAAAAAGAAGAAGGAGAAGAGAUCGAAAGCCUGAGAGUCUUUGUUCGAUAUAUUGGAAAGGUUUGGGCGUUGGAUUCGAUGGAGAUCGUGCGAACGAGGAAGAGGCCUCGGCUCGCUUGGGACGUAGCUCCUCCCGAACGACGAGAGGCCGUUCGGGAUGAGGCGGCUCCGCCUAGGAGGGGCGUCUCGCCCCCGUGGAGGGAGGAUGACCGAGAAGGGCAUUACGUGUUCGAUCUUGGAGAGAAUCUCACCCCUCGCUGUACUUUUGGUCGUGUCUUGGAAUGUUGGGAUCGUGAGGCGCAUGAAUACGUGGCAGUCAAAGUGGUUAGGAGCAUAAGCAAGUACAGAAGUGCUGCAAUGAUUGAAAUAGAUGUCCUUAAUCUUCUAGCUAAACAUGAUAAAGAUGGAUCACGUUGUGUACAGAUUCGAAGAUGGUUUGACUACCGAAAUCACAUAUGCAUCGUGUUUGAGAAGCUUGGCCCAAGCUUGUAUGAUUUUUUAAAGAGAAAUAAAUACUGCCCAUUCCCUGUGGAACUUGUGCGGGAGUUUGGACGUCAGCUGUUGGAAUCUGUAGCAUAUAUGCAUGAUUUACGCCUUAUUCACACUGAUCUGAAGCCAGAAAACAUUCUUCUUGUAUCUUCUGAAUAUGUAAAGGUUCCAAGCAACAAGAAGAAUGCACAAGACGAGAUGUACUUCAGGUGCUUGCCAAAGUCUAGUUCUAUAAAGCUGAUUGAUUUUGGUAGUGCUGCCUUUGAGAACCAGGAUCAUAGCUCAAUUGUUUCAACGAGGCAUUACAGGGCACCUGAAAUUAUUUUAGGUUUAGGGUGGAAUUAUCCCUGUGAUGUAUGGAGCGUUGGAUGCAUACUUGUUGAGCUUUGUUCGGGAGAAGCGUUGUUUCAGACACAUGAAAAUUUGGAGCAUUUAGCCAUGAUGGAGAGAGUUUUGGGACCAUUACCAGAACGCAUGAUAAGAAAAGCCAGUUCCUCGGCUUCAAAAUACUUCAGGCGAGGUUCACGGUUAAAUUGGCCUGAAGGUGCUGUUUCCAGAGAGAGCAUUAGGGCUGUGAGAAAGCUUGACCGGCUUAAGGAUAUGAUCUCUAGUCAUGUGGAUUAUUCCAGAGCUUCGUUAAAUGAUUUGUUGUAUGGGCUUUUGAAAUUUGAACCAUCGGAGCGAUUAACAGCUCGUGAAGCCCUCAACCAUCCAUUCUUUGAAAACCCUACGUGAGCAAUAGUUGAAGGGUGAGAGAAGGCUAGUAAUUUGAUGAUCCGUGAUUGGUUUUACUGGCUUCCAAGAAGAAAUCCAAUCUGAAACUGCAAAACCUCCAGCAACAUCUGUAUCAUAUCUUAUCUUUAAGCUCAUUUUCCUGCCACUGUAAUGCCAAUUGAUGCCUUGUUGAUGGUAUCUUUUGUAAUUGAUGCCUUCUUUGGUUUGAUUGGCUUGUGCCAAAUAGACUGUAGAUUAAUCUACAGUCUGUUGUGGUAGGUUGAUGUUCAAGCUAUGCUAUUGGCCCCAUUUUCCCCUUCAUUGUUUGCCGUGGCAUGAUUCUUCUGCUGAAACAGAUGCGCAUAGUUUGAAGUUUUGUAUUUAGUCAAUAUUUUAGGUCAGAUGGGCAUUGAAUUUGACCAAUAUUAUGUAGUUACCAAAAUUGCUUACGGCUGUCUGCUUUUCUUCUGAUGUGCUAUUAGGUCCAGUUCAUCGGUUCUUAUCGCCUUUGAAGCUGUCAUCCUCAUGCUAAGAGUAAGUGUGUAUGGUUUAAAUUAGGGUUCAUUGGAACAUUACAAAUAUUGUCAUUCUGGGAUGGUUAUCAUGUACUUAAUCAUUAACUGGAACAAUCUGUUGUAAUGAUCCUUGAAUGUUAGAAACAGUGGUCUUUGUUCAGUUUCAUUA